AUGGCGCGAAAGAGCAACCGUAAAAACUCCAUUUCGGGACUUAGUUUUCCAGCUUCAUCGGUGGCUAAGCCUGGCACCAAGGCGAUCUCACAAGCUCUCAAGUUGAGACGCUAUAUUGAUAUACAACUUAAAGACGUUCUAGAGGAGUCCGCUCGAGGAAAUUGGACAGAGGAAGAUGAAAGGUUGUGGCAGGCCACAAAACCAUAUCAAUGCGAUGAGUGCAAAGAGAGAUCUAGCACAAGAUACAACAACAAUCGCCACAAGUUGAAUAAGCAUUCCAUCAAGAAGAUCACACGGUGUCCAUUUCCAGGAUGUAAACUGGCCUUUUCCCGAGGUGAUAACUUGGUCAAGCACCAAAAAAAGCACCAUCCUGAGAUGGAGCAGCCAGAUGAAGAUCGUAACAGUUCACCAAGUACAGAAAUGGAGGAAAUGAUUGCUCGCUUUCAGCUCGUUCUUCCAACUGCCCCUGACCUCCCCGCAAAAUCAGUACCUGAACUUAGGCCUUAUUAUACACCAGAUAAAUUGCCAUUUUUACCUCCACAGUUACUGUCCCAUUACUCGGACUAUUACUUUUCUUCAAAGGCUUUUCAUCCAUAUUUCCCUUUACUUCAUAAGGCGACCUUCAAGCCUAGCUCAGUCCUAGCAAGCUUCCUCAGAGCGGUUUGUGCUCUAGGAGGCCAAUAUGAUCCUACCAAUAAGACAUUAAGUCCACAACUCUGGGAGAGUGGGGUUAAGGUUAUGGAAAGAUGGAUCGAAAGAGGACCUGGGGAUACUGACGAAGUCGACCUUGAAAGACCAAAGCGAAACUCUAUAGGCGAAGAAGGGAUCUACAGGAUGAAAGUACGAAGAGAUAGCAGUUAUGCAAUCCCUGAGGGAAUGGUCAAGCCCUGUGAAACAAUCAGCGAUGAUGAGCCCAUGGACCCAGCCAAACAGGUUUUGAAGAAACACGCGGAGCGUAGAGAACGCGAAGAAAGACUCUGUGUCUUACAAGGUCUCCUGUUGUUUUCAAUCUAUGCUCUUUUCUCAGGCGAGAAAGAAAAACAUAAGAAAGGAAGGAAUCUACUUGCUCGAUGUGUUGAGAUCGCAAGGGAAUAUAGAUAUUUCCAUGAGGUUGAAAAACCUAUUCCUACGGGGUCCUCCGUACAGCACCAAUGGGAACUUUUUGUUUACAGAGAGUCCCGAAAGAGGGUUGCGUUUACGUUAUUUCUAGUUGAUUGCUACAUGGCUCUCCUUUUUGAUACCCCGCGCCUUCUUCGUUCAAUGGAACUUCGAAACCUCCCAUUGCCGUGCGAUGCUCAACUCUUUGAGGCACCAACUUGUCAGGCCUGGAACCAUCUGUGGCAAACAAGCCAACUCCACGGCUCCGUAAAUGUUUCACCGCCGCUAUUUGGGAAGACACUCCGUAUCCUGCUCAAGGGCCGUGGUCAUAGCGAACUCCUACAGGCUGGGGGUCUGGGAAGUAACUUCUCGGCAUUAAUAUUGGCUGCAGCCACCCAGAUGGAGAUUCUUGAUAUUACGAGCAGGUUACCAGAAGAGGAUUUUGAUGUCGGCGCUGAAGAACCGGCCAAUUUGAGCCAAGCCGAUUAUGAGAAUGGAAGACUACCUGAAAUUUUUCCUGAAGAAAGCCGCGUCGAGCUACAAAGGUUGCGGCAUGCCUUAAACACCGUUGGGCAGGUUUCUGGAAUUGCAAAUAUGUUCGUUUUCGAUUCCGGGCAUGGGAUUACGGCACAUGAAACACCUAGUGCAUUUGCGUUGAGUCCGGACGCUGAUAAGGAAUUACAAUCGUCUAGGAGGCUCAAGGGUUGCGAGAGAGCGUUUUACAUAUCGAUGCAAUUGGCUUUGAUCCAGAUCAUCCUUCCGGAUCGUGUGACAAUCUAUCAGAAAGAUGUUCCGAUGGACCUGGACACAGCUUUAUCGAACAUCGUGGACGCAGCAAAGGAGCGAUGUUAUUCAGUCACAGCCAACGCUUCAACACACACAUCCUUCACUCGGGUUUUGGAAGAGACCGAUUUACUGUCGCAUUUACUCGGACUUAUAAGAUUUUUAGGAGCAUAUCAAGAUAGUGCUAGAAGUACAGAGUUUCCCGUGGUCACUGUGAUGAUUUUUAAAGCACUGAUGGUAGUAUGGGAGGUUCUUGUACGAAUCGGGGAGGGAAGCAGCGGGUCUGUCGGGUACAACAUGAUGGAAAACGUGGCUAUGUAUAACUGGGCGUAUGACCCGCCACAAACGAACGAGACUUGGAUGUUGAUGGUCGACGAUGUCAAUUGGGAUGACCUUCUUGGGAGCGGCCAUCAAGAGCCCCCGAGAUCAUUACCACCUGUGGAGAACUUUCGACACGAGCUCCUGGGGCUUCUUAUGCGCUGGGAGUUGAGAAAUGAAGAGUCAGAGGGGUUAGAGAGCUUGGAGUGGAGGUUUCUUAGGUGGAUGAGGAGUCUUUUCAUGGAUAUGGAGCAUUGGGGUGUUGGGCAGGCAGUUGUUAAUGCCCUGGAUGGACUUUUUGAGGACCAGGAUGAUGAAUCAGAAACGUGCGAGGAUGAAUAG